CAGGAAGCACGAGGACAGCAGAAACUCAACGGAAGUAAACAUGGCCCAGGAGAAGAACAUGGCGGUCCCGGAGUUCCUCAGUAAAGCAGAGUUAGUAAAACAAGGAGCAGAAGCCCGGGUGUACCGGGCAGAGUUUCUGGGAAAGCCGACUAUUGUGAAAGAAAGGUUCCAGAAACGCUACAGACACCCGGUGCUGGACGAAAAACUGACCCACCGCAGGACGGUGCAGGAGGUCCGCUCCAUACUCCGCUGCCGGAGAGCAGGCAUAUCUGCCCCUGUAGUCUAUUUUGUGGACUACGCAUCCCACUGUAUUUUUUUGGAGGAGAUCGUGGGUUCCUCGACGGUACGUGACCACAUCGCAUCCACUCAGCGGUCUGAUUCCUGCAAGGAGCUGGAGCUGGAGCCACUGGCUGACAGAGUGGGUCAGAUCCUGGCCAAAAUGCACGACGAGGACGUCAUCCAUGGAGACCUGACCACCUCCAACAUGCUGCUGAGAUGUGGCCUGGAGGAUGGGGAGUUUGACCUGUUCCUCAUCGAUUUUGGCCUGAGUUACAUCUCUGCUCUGCCGGAGGAUAAGGGGGUGGACCUAUACGUGCUGGAGAAGGCUUUCCUCAGUACCCACCCCAACACUGAGGCACUGUUUGAGAGGCUGCUGAAGAGCUAUGCAGCGGCAUCAAGGAAGUCGUCAGCAGUCAUUAAAAAGCUUGAUGAGGUCCGCUUGAGAGGGAGGAAGAGGUCAAUGGUGGGAUGAUGGUCUGUGUACAGGGACAAACCUCUCUGGAAAUGCUGUUUCUAAAAGUAGGUUCUAAUUACAAAGCUGUUGUUGUGGAGAUGUUUCUUCUUAUGGAAGGCCGAUAUAAUAAAAAGUGUCUUUGUAAUGA